CUCCAAGUCAAGGUCGCUUCACUCGCUCAACAAACUCAAGUCAACAAACGCAAGUCAGACAGGGACAUUGCAAAAAAAAACACCAAGACAAUGGAAGAAACAACGCGGCGACUCGAGAGCAUGCUGGCGAGCAUUGGGCGCGGACCGGCGCUGCAAGUCCCUGCGCCAGUGGCGCGAAUGACUGCCGCUUCAAUGGACGCGCUCGUCCGACCGCUGCCAUGGGCAAACCAACCCAGCAGUAGUGACAGCGACGCGUGGAUGUCGUCCGCAGCGCCAGGAGCAGGAGCAGGAGCAGCAGCAGCAGCAGAAGCAGCGAGGCAGCGGGAUCGCGCUCAAGCACUCCAACUGCUGCAGGACGACAGCAAGCAGCUCUGGACGGGCCUGGCUGAGAUUCACACACAAUUGCCGGAAGUGGCAGCCGGCGCGUUUGAAAAGCAGCCGCGGAGCUUGCAAGACUUUCCGAAAGAGCUGGAUCAUAAAACCAUCCUGCGUCAACUCAAGGUAGCCCGCAUGCGCGCAGAGCUCGAAGGAAUCUCGUCACGAGGAAUUGAAGAAACGUUUCAAUCGAUGCCGGUGCCCGUGUUGAAGGAGCAGGUGAUUGAAUCGGUAGCACGGAGUGUCAUCCAGCUUCGCGAGUCGAUCGAUUUCAUGCAAAGCGAGUCUGCGUCGCUUGAUUUGCAAAUUGCCCGCUGUCAAGAGGCGAUCGCUCAACACCAAGAAAUGAACCAGGCGCUUCAAAACAAAGUUCUUCAAAUCGAUGGAGAGGAUCAGGGCGCCGAAGUAGCAAACGCCAUUGCCGAACUCGAGGGAAAGUCAAAAGCUAUGAACGAAUACAGCAGGAAGCUCAUGAAGGCUCUGGGUGAUUUUGUGACGGACUACUACCCGCCCUUGUCUCAGGACGAUACGGAGGCCGACGAGUACGACGACGACAACGACGCCAUGGACACUUCCAACGGAGACGGAUUGCGCAAACGCACUCGCGUGUUUAUCCCAUUACGCAAACUAUUGGAGGAGUUGUUGAAUCGAUUUGCCAGUUCGUACGUCGACCCGUACAUUCGCGUGCUUCCGACCCACUACCCGCCCUACCUCGAGCUCUUGGUGCGCGCAGGCAUCAUUGUACGACAUCCUCAAAAUGCAAAUUUGAUUGCUUUGACAGAUUUUAUUGCAUGAGGUUUGCUGUAUGGACCCAAGCGCAAUUUGAUAAACCGAUCAGUGUUCAGUUCCUCUUUGUCUCACCGAGUCUUGAGGUCUCGCAGAAGGUGUGAUUGUAAAUUCCAC